AUGGAGAGCUACGAAGAGACAUAUGGAUCGUGGGGAGAAAGAAAAGAAGUAUUGGCGUGGUCUGCUGGUACGCAGAUUAUUAUGCGGACUAAAGAGACGGGUGCGAACAUCGAGAAGAUCAGACAACGCGAAGAGGGGCUCGACCAGGCGCCUGACCAGACGUGGAGGUAUGACGCGUUCAGACACUUAAAUACGUGGUUCACGUACAAGAUCCCAGAAAGCUCUGAAGGUCGUGACGACAUCGUCAACUUGAAGUUGCUCCGUCCGCAUCAACGGGAUUUAGCCUCCGAAGACAUCGUCUUUGGGACGGCAUCAGGCCAGCUAUCGGUACUCAGCGCCAGCCCUGAUUUUGAAGAGACGCGAGUGCAACACUACAAUACUGACCGUCCUGAUGUCUUUGAUGAAACCAGAAAACGCGCCAUCGCUGAUCUUUCCAUAUCGUCGUCGAGCACGCCCUUGCUGGCUACCGCACUUUCGGAUACAUCGCUAGCGGUUUACCCUGUCGAUCGACACAAGUUCUCGGAUCAAGCAAUUAAGCCCUCUUCCACGACGAAGGCCGUAUUAGACGGGAAACCACAACGUAAAAUAUGGUCAUGCGAGUUUAUAAGCGAUGAUGCUGUCGCCGUUGGAUGGGGUCCCCACGCCGAACCUAUCGAGGUCUACCACAUUGGGCCCGAAGGCUUUGUAUCAGAGCCUUUGCGUCGCUUCAAUGUAGCCAGCGAGAGCCUGGCGCAUUCAAAUCAUACGGCGGUUUAUUCUAUACUCCCAUUACCCAGCACAUCACCGGGCGCGUCGGAAGCAGGCCACACUUUCCUGUCUGGCGGCUAUGACGGCAUCGUUAGGCUGCACGAUAUGCGUUCACCACGCGGCUUCGAACAGAUCUUCUGGGAUCCAACGAACGAUUCGGCAGUGUACUCUCUUGCCGCACAAGGGCGAGAACGCUUCGUAGCAGGUGUAGCUCUACACAGCAUGAUUAAAGUGUUCGACUUGCGCCUUUCAGGCUCGCAUUCGUACCACGCCAUCUCAUUAUCCGACAAGAAGCCCAAGCCAACAAACAAAGCAUUGUCACGAGACUCAGCCACCAACACCAUCGUUGAUGGGCUGAAGAGCCAGACUCCAGUAGUGAGUGGCGGCUGGAAUCUCUACCUGACUCCCCGCACCACUCCCUCACGCACGGCGUAUCGCACCGACUACUCCCGCUUGCGAGGAGAUUCACCCGUGUACAGUCUCUCGAUCCCAUCAUCCACUUCCCAGAACCUUUAUGCCGGUCUCGAGGGUGUUGUCGAGAAUCUUACAUUCCAUGGUGUCGCGGAUGCCUAUCCAGAUCCCAUGCUCUCCCACUCUCUUAUCCGUCACAGUGCUGGUGUAGUCGACGUCCGCGCUUCGUACAAUUCGGAUGGUGGCGCAUUGAAUCUGGGCAUGUAUGAACAAGGUACCGAGGAGGGGUUAGGUAUGCAGUUGUUGGUUCAGGACGGCGUGACGGACAAAGUGGCGGGUAAAGAACGCAGGGAUAAGGCUGUGGCUAAGGGGUUGGAUGAACGCUGGGUCGACUUGAGAGAUGAGCAGGGUAGGUGGUCUAGUGGUGAGAUACCGCAAAGGGAGCCGCCGCGUGGACCGCGAAAUGGUGGUCAUGGGCGAAGAAGGGACGGAAGAGCACGUUGA